AUGGACAGCGACCACGAUAUGGAGGACCGGAGUGAGGCAGACGAAGAAAGCAAAGGUGACAUCCAGUUCGACGAGGGCGACAGCCAUCUGAAUGGUCAAGAUGUUGCAGAGUCAAGUACACCUACCGACUACAGCCUCUACGACCUUCCGCCUCGGCUCGCUACCCUCCGACAACAAACUCACGACCUCGAGCACCAGAUAGAACUACCUAAAGUGGACUGGGAAGCACUCGUGCCAUGGAUGGACAAUGUCUGGAGAAAGCUGAAGUCCUCCGAGCAGACAGAGACCUCACACAACGUCGAGCUGUACUGGUGCAAAUUGAAGAAGCCGAGCAAUGUCAAAGUACACCACCCACGGCCAACACCAGAGGGCAAGCAGGCACGGAAGCGGAAACCAAAGGAAGAGAAAGCCUGCAACAUGGCCAUGAAGGUCACCUACAGCACCGGCGCACUCGACAAAGUCACAAUACAGAAGUACAACGCGAGCGACACGCACAGUCACGAUCUUGACUUCAUGGACGCCCAGAAGCGGAACACAGGUAUCAUGAACACCGCCAGGAGAGAGGCUGUAAAGGGCUUCCAACCCGCUUCAAUAUGGUGGAAGAUGCAGACUGAGCCGGACAAGCUCGAUGCCGCUGGAGGGAAGUACAUGAAGAUCUCUGAUGUUCGAAAUGUGCAAUACCAGUGGCGGCAAGAGCAUCCAGACGCGCAGUUGAAGGCCCACACUGGCUACAACGCCGCAAGGACCACGCCUGCUCGACCAGCACAGCCAGCUGCAGUGGCCAGACAGAAGUCGUCUCCGCGGAACGUCGUCACACAUCCAGUCCAGCCACAGCCGCAGUACUAUGCGCCUCCUCAGCAAUCUCCUGCCCAUCCAGCACAACCUCCACCCCCAUCACAAUACCAGCGCAACUACGCCCCGCCUCAAGUAGCCUCAGACGUACUUCGAUACCCGCCAGAGCUUCGCAACUUUCUCAUACCAUACCUGCCGAACCCGCCAGUAAUCGCCGCCCAACAACGGCCACAUGUGACCUUGACUUGGGCACAGGGCCUUGACGGUCGCAUAGCCAGCAGACAUGGAGUGCCUACCGCCAUCUCAUCCCAAGACACCAAAGCCAUGACCCACUUCCUGCGCAGUGCACACGAUGCUAUCCUUAUAGGCGUACGGACUGCCAUCGCCGACGACCCUGGCUUGAACUGUCGCUUAGAAGGCGCUGGUGGAUAUGGCGGUGCACCAGGUCAGUGGCAGCCUCGACCGAUUGUAAUCGAUCCAGCCGGCAGAUUGAUCAUAAGGCCGGAAAUGAAGAUCUUGCGGGUAGCGCAGGAAGGUCGCGCUCGACCACCUUGGGUGAUAGUGGGUCCAAAUGCGAACCUGCACCCGCAAGCAGUUUCGACGCUCAAAGCAUUCGGUGGGGAGUUCUUGAUGGUCAACGAGAUCGAUGACCAGGGCAAGUUCAGCUGGGAAGGUAUCUUCCAGAUCUUGUAUCGCGAAGGCAUCAAGAGUAUAAUGGUAGAGGGUGGUGGCCUCGUACUAUCUGAUCUCUUACGAAAAGUGCACGCUCCUGCCAUAGACAGCGUGAUCAUGACGAUCGCGCCGACGUUCUUGGGUUCAGCGGGCGUGCAGGUCAGUCAAGAGACAGAGUACGACUCAAAUCGCAGUACAAUCCUGCAAAAUCGGCUGCGGGAUGUCUACUGGCAAGCGGUAGGAAGAGAGGGAGAUGCUGUCGUUUGCGGCAGGCUUGAGCAACCGGCGAGAGGCCCGCCCAAGAGCAAUGGUAUACUGCAGGGUAUCGUGGAGAUGGCACAAGCGGAUGGCAAUGGGGAUCAGCGGGACCAGGAGCAUGAACGGCGGCAGCAGCAGCACCCACAGCAGCACCCACAGCAGCACUCACAGCAAGCAGGGGAGAGACUGCCGCCGAUAAAGCAAUUGCCACCGCCGCCACAGCCACCGCAACCGAGUUCGCACUACCAACAACAGCGUGCUGCACCACCGCCGGGCAGUCCCUACACUAACGGCCCACAAGCUCCGAAUGGUGACUCUAGUCGACGAUAUUCCGGUCCGCCUCCACAUGCGCAGCAGCAGCAUCAACAACCUCCAAAGUCGCCUUACCAGCAACAGCAGCCUCCGAAGUCGCCAUAUGCACACCCUCAGCCACCACCGCCUACCCGAUCGUAUGAUGAGCGUCAGCAACAUCUAAAUCCUGCACCGAGACAGCAGCCUUAG